GAAGAACCCAAGAAACGUAAGAAACUAGAAGAAGAAGAAGAAAAUGAAAUUGGUUUGGUCUCCGGAAGCAGCAUCCAAGGCUUAUAUAGACACCGUUAAAUCGUGCGAGAAUCUUGAAACGCCGGACGCGGCGGAGCUAAUAGCGGCGAUGGCGGCGGGAUGGAACGUGAAGCUGAUCGUUGAAACUUGGUCGGAAGGAGACGCGAUAGCUUCAAGUAUUGGUUUAAACGUAGCGAGCCAACACGCAAACGCUAAGCACGUAUGUAUCGUACAAAACACGAGAUCAGAAUCUGCUUAUCUUCAAGCCAUUCAAGAAUCUUCAUCUCCUUCGAACUUACCAGAGACGAUCGUAGCUGAAGAACCCGAAAAAGCCAUGAAGAAGCUACAAGGAAUCGAUUUCUUGGUCGUUGAUUGGCGGAACAAGGAAUUCGCAGCGGCUGCUUUGAGGAACGCUGCGUUUGGAAGCAGAGGAGCGGUUGUGGUUAGUAGAAACGGGUUUUCGAGCUUGAAACGAGUUCUAAGAGACCGGAAAGUUGUUAGAACGGUGACUCUUCCGGUCACCGGAGGUAUUGAGAUUGCUCAUGUUGCGGCUAGGAGCUCAGGGAAGAGUGAGAAUAGUAAGAGGAGAUGGAUCAAACAUGUUGAUCAGAGAUCAGGAGAAGAACAUGUCUUUAGUAUCUAGAAAAAGUAAUUUAUAUAAUUGUGAGACAUGUUUUAUAGGAUCUUGUAUUUGUCUCUGUACAUAUGAUGAUCCCAUAGAUGUCGUUGUAAUUGAAAAAACAUGCUUGUCUUAUAAAUGUGAUCGUUGUAAUGUAAGAAAAGCUUACUUGUUAGCAGUUUGAGGAACAAUACUAUCUCUGUUUGUCU